AUGGCCGCUGUUAAGUGGUUGUUAGCAGCAUCACACGUCGGUGACUAUUUUCCUGCCCUUAAUGAGUUUUCAACACACACUGUGAUACGCCCCCUAGUGCAGCAUGGUCGCACUAAGCGCGCUCUGCAUAGCACCCUGGAUGCAACGGAUGGUCUACAUGCUCCGCAGCUGACACUGAGCUACAUGCACCAAGGACAACGCAUCCAAAUCGAAUUGCAACGCAACGAUCGCCUCCUGCCCGACGCCCACUUCCUGCGCUAUCAGAAUGCCAGCAACCAGGAAGAUGGCGCCUCCGGCUACGUCGUGCGCAAUUUCACCAAGGCUGACAUUGAUUUAUGCCAUUAUCAGGGACAUAUACGUGGCAUACAGGACUCAAGUGUGGCGCUUUCCACCUGCGAUGGCAGCCUCAAUGGCGUCGUCUUCGAUGGCCAGCACACGUACUUCAUUCACCCGCACAUCGAUGGCAACGGAAGACUGCAGGAUGACCAUUAUCUGCUCAGGCACGCCGACAUGUUGCAACAGAAUGCUACCUGUGGCUACGACAGCAGCGAGGAUAACCACAAUCCACAGCAAGAUGAUGAAGGCUGGCAGCACGAGAUGGAGCAGGAAGAAGAACCUUCUUUGCCCCAACGUUUGGAUGGUGGAGAAUUCCAUCGGAUGUUGAGACGCAAGCGAAGGCAUGCGGAUGAAAGUCAACUGAUACGAGGACCGUACAAUGCCAACAAGUACUCCAGCUACGUGGAACUGGUCAUUGUGGUGGACAAGAAGUUGUACAACCAUUUCGGGGCGAAUGCAAGGCGAGUGCAUACGUAUUGCAUGGAUCUAGUCAAUAUUGUGAAUGCCGUAUAUAUGCCCUUAAAUAUUUUUGUGGCGCUGGUGGGCGUUGUCAUAUGGAACGAAUCGAACGAGAUUGGGAUCUCCGACAAUUCAACUGUCACGCUCCGCAACUUUCUUAACUAUCGAAGCACAAAGCUCGUCCUGGAGCAUGCCAACGACAACGCACAGCUUUUAACCAAACAGGUAUUCUCGGCCCAAGAUGUGGGCAAGGCUCUGAAAGGAACCAUUUGCACCUCCGCGAGCUCGGGUGGCGUGAUCAUGCAUCACAGUGAGGUGCUGGCAGUGGUGGCCGCCACGAUGGCUCAUGAGAUUGGCCACAACUUUGGCAUGGAUCACGACUCAAGCGAUUGCCACUGUCCGGAUGAGAAAUGUGUGAUGUCUGCUACCAGUACGGCUUUUGUUCCUGUGCAUUGGAGCAGCUGCAGCAUCGAUCAGCUGACGAUUGCCUUCUCGCGUGGUAUGAACUAUUGCCUGAGGAACAAACCAACGCGUCUUUUUGACUCGCCACAGUGUGGCAAUGGGUUCGUGGAACCCGGCGAGCAAUGCGACUGCGGAUUGCCCGCCCACUGCGAGAACAGCUGUUGCAAUGCCCACACCUGCAUGUUGCACAGCAACGCCUCCUGUGCCACCGGCGAGUGCUGUGAUCUGGACACAUGUCGACCCAAACUGGCAGGAAGCGCCUGUCGUCCGACAGAGAAUGAAUGCGAUCUGCCGGAGUACUGCACCGGCGAGUCGGAGUACUGUCCGGCGGAUGUGUUUCGCCGUGACACGGAACCCUGCGACAACAAUCAGGCUUUUUGUUUCCAUGGCACCUGUCGCUCGCAUGCUAGUCAAUGUCGGAUUCUGUGGGGUUCGACGGGUGACAAUUCCGUGCAUUGCUACAAGACGAAUGUAGAAGGUACCGACGAGGGCAACUGUGGCUACAAUCUCCACAACAAGACCUUUGUGAAGUGCACACCAGAACACGUCCAUUGCGGCAUGCUUCAGUGUACACAUCUUAACAAACGCCUAGAGUUCGGCAUAGAACCGGCAGCUGAGUCAGAGCACUUUGUCAAUCACGAUCGUAAGAUUUUCACCUGUCGCACGGUGCUUGUAGAUCUCGGACUGGAAACAAUUGAUCCUGGUAUGACCCCGAAUGGGGCCAAGUGCGGUGAGCGGAGCAUGUGCGUCAAUCAGAAGUGCAUGCCCCUGGACCGUGUGCAUGCCCCGGCCUGUCCCGAUAACUGCAAUAAUAACGGCGUCUGCAAUAGUCGAGGACACUGCCACUGCGAUGUCGGAUUCGGUGGUGAAUCGUGCUACAUGCCCGGAUACGGCGGCUCCGUUGACAGCGGUCCAGCAACAAAUCCAAGCAGCAAGCUGAGCUUCGAGCGACUUACUUGCAUUCUAUUGUUCCUGGUGGUGUCGCUUCUGUUAUUUUUCUGGGUUGUCUAUCACUUUAUGAUCCGCAACAAGUUCUUCUCCGGUGAAAAGCUCGCUGAGAAUAUGUAUGUGUCGACUUCCAGUAGCAGCAACAGCAGUGAUCACAGCACCACCACUUGUUUAACUUCUGCACCACCACCUCCAAUUCCAAUGCACGCACAACAACUUAACUCACCAACUAACACAAUUACUAACACACACUCCACAUUGCCCCGACUCAAGUCCAGGCAAGCCGGCUCCCAUGCUAUAGUGCUUCCGCCUGCCAUGUCCAAGAGUCGGAGCAACUCUGAGGUCGAUCAAUUGGAGUCACCCUGGCGACGCAAGCUGCCCACUCACCAGCUAAGAACAGCCCCACCUGUUCCUCCACACAAAAACAUCAGUUGCAACAUUAUUAACAAUAACAACAGUAACAGUAACAAUAAUACACUGCGACGCAAGCUGGACAUCACGGCGCCACGUCUGCAUGCAACAACAAAUACUUUGGCGCUCACCGAUGGCGCCCAACACAUACAGAGAAACCCCGCAAGGUUUGCCAAAAAAUAACAACAAUAACACUAACACACAACACUUCCAAGGAAAUAUUUGAAUGCAAGAAACAAGUGUUCAUCUUCCUUCUGUACUUCUUCCUUCGCAUCCAUCGUCUCCUCUUCUCCACCUCUUCUCUUUAUUCUUUCUCUCUCUUUCUCUUCACCUUCCUCUUCUUAUGUCUCUUCAUCCCCUUUGACGUAGUCCAUAUCCCAUUUCUCCUGUUCUUCCUUCUCUUCCACCUUUCUUUUAUCAUUCAACUUA